CGGCUUCUGCCCAACCACAUUCGCCAAAUAUUUGCUUGGCAGGUUUCGAAAACACGUUGGGUUACACAAAACUGCUGCGCCCGCGUGGAGCGCGUCGACUUACCCACAUGCACUGAACGUCAUUAGCCACGUAUGACGUCGAACCGACUGGACAGCUUGCUAUGUGCAACAAUCAUCAAUGCGAACCACAAGACAUAAAAGAACGACAAGAAGUAGCAGAUUGAUUGAAGGCGGCUCAACUAAGCGACCUGACACCUCUUCACAAGACAAUCAGAUCAACAACUUACAACUCAACUUCGACCAUCCUCUACCAAUAUGCCAGUCGGACAAUCCAACAACGGUGGAGCUGAAGGCGCUGCAAAGGGCGUCACUUCCACGCUCGGCAACCUGACUGGCGGCGUUGUCAAGACCGCUGGCGGCCUCGUGGGCACAGCUGGCGAAGGCCUCGGCAACACCAUCAACAAUACUACCGGCACCAAAGCAGUCGGUGAUGGCCUCAAGGGCGUGACUGGUGGUGUCAAGGAUGGGGCCGAUUCUGUUGGCAAGGGCGCUGAGAACGCAGGACAGUGGAAGACGUCGUGAUGGAUGAGCGAGGAUGAUACCCACUGAGUAACGAAGUUACAAUUCAGAACCUGGCUUGAUAUCGUUCGAGCAGGUCGCUCCUGCUUGACGCACCCACUCGCUAGUCUACUACGAGCUUCUCAGAUUUUAUUUAAUGAUUCACGGCAU